UGGAGUUUUUGCCUUUGGUGACUUUUCACUUUUUGUCUCGUCGUCGAUUUGUCGCUUUUCUCUGGCAAAUUGAUUACACACUUAUCUUUGUUUUCAUUUAUUUUUGUGUCGAUUAUAACACGAACACCUUACUGAGAUAUUGAGAGUGCGAGUUGUGACGCAGGACCGUGAGAGAUGGAGCCGAGUGCCGAGUCCGGCAGCAUGUCACCGGCGCGCGUGAAGCUGGAGCCCGAGACGGACCAGUCGGAAAUGAUCAUUGUUAAAGAAGAACCUGUAUUCCUGGAUGAAGAGGCGCGUGUGAAGGAGGAGUGGUCGGACAGCACGGCCGGGCGCGGCGUGAGCGAGGCAGCCAUGCUGGCCGACUUGUACAUCGAGCACGAGGUGAAGGACGAGCUCGUGCUGGGGCCGGAGCGCCCGCACCGCCCCGUAGCCGCCCCGGCCGCCCUAUCUUACCGUGUCGCAGCGUCCGCUGAACAUAAACCUUUCUGGUGUUGUCAAUGUGACUACAAGUGUAAAAGCAAAUCAAAUUUACAGAAGCAUCUGUUGACACACAAAGACGAAAAGCCUUUCAGGUGUAGCCACUGCGACUACAAAUGUAAACGACAAGCCAAUUUAAAGUCUCACCUGAUUACUCACUCUGACGAAAAACCUUUCGAGUGUAGUCUAUGUGACUACAAGUGCCGAAGCAAAGCAUAUUUACGGAAGCACCUGUUGACACACACAGGGGAGAAGCCAUUUAAAUGUAGCCACUGUGACUACAAAUGUAAACAACAAGCCAAUUUAAAUUCUCACCUGUUGACACACACAGACGAAAAGCCUUUCAGGUGUAGCCACUGUGACUACAAAUGUAAACAACAAGCCAGUUUAAAGUCUCACCUGAUUACUCACUCUGACGAAAAACCUUUCGAGUGUAGUCAAUGUGACUACAAGUGCCGAAGCAAAGCAUACUUACGGAACCACCUGUUGACACACACAGGGGAGAAGCCAUUUAGUUGUAGCCACUGUGACUACAAAUGUAAACAACAAGCCAAUUUAAAUUCUCACCUGUUGACACACACAGACGAAAAGCCUUUCAGGUGUAGCCACUGUGACUACAAAUGUAAACAACAAGCCAAUUUAAAGUCUCACCUGAUGACUCACUCUGACGAGAAGCCUUUCAGAUGUAGCCACUGUGACUACAAGUGUAGACAAAAAGCAAAAUUAAAUUCUCAUCUGAUUACUCACUCUGACGAAAAACCUUUCGAGUGUAGUCAAUGUGACUACAAGUGUCGUAGAAAAGCAUAUUUACGGAAGCACCUGUUGACACACACAGAGGAGAAGCCAUUUAGUUGUAGCCACUGUGACUACAAGUGUAGAAGAAAAGCAGAUUUACGGAAGCACCUGUUGCCAGUGCCACACACAGACGAGAAGCCAUUUAGUUGUAGCUUCUGUGACUUCAAGUGUAAACUAAAAUCUCAAUUAAAUUCUCACGUGAUUACUCACUCUGACGAAAAACCUUUCGAGUGUAGUCAAUGUGACUACAAGUGUAGAAGAAAAGCAAAUUUACGGAAUCACAUUUUGACACACACAGACGAGAAGCCUUUCAGCUGUAGCCACUGUGACUACAAGGGUAAGAGAAAAUCAGAUUUACGGAGGCACCUGUUGAUUCACGCAGUCCACAUAUAGACGAGACUCCAAGGGGAUGUUCGUUUGCAAAAAUAGCGCACCUUAUUCUGACUUCUGUUAUAUAUUGUAUAGAUCCCAGACAUCCUAUAAACACAUGUUGCCAACCAGACAUUACUGACAUUAAAAAUAGUGGCAUUUGAUGAAGUGGAACUGUUGAUGAUGGUCAGUACGGAACUCUUCAACGGAGCCUAACCUUGUUCUCUUCGUUGUUUGUUAGCAUGUUGUAUUUCCAAGUUACAUUUUGGCCAAGCUCGAGUUCAGGCAAUGGGAGCCAUGAGAAAUCAAGUGAUUUUAUUAGAAAAUCAGAAGUAAUGUGUUAAGGUUUUUAAAAACUCCUAUAAGGUUCCUGACUCGACUCAUGUGAAGCUCUAUGUGUAAAUGUUAAACGUAAUAAAAAUAUUAGUAACAUGUCCAUCGAUUUUUUGA